UGUCUUUUUAUGGCAACAAUCCUAAGAAUGUAUGCAACAUGUCAAGUGGACUUCUAGGUCAUACUGAACUAAGGUUGCAUACGUCGCCCAUUAUAGCCCUUGCAACGAGAGGAAGGUUACAUGGCCUCAGACUUCAGCUUGCACUUCUCGAGAGGGAAUUUGAUGAAUUAGUUAAAUUUUUUCUUGCACAUAUGAAGCACGGCAGUACGAUUGAGGUUGGCGGCACCAAAGGCAUGGGUGAUGAACAAGUCAACAUUGGUGAAGCUGUCCGAAGUUUGCCAUGCUUGCAUCAGUUCCAUGUUAGCUGCAUUGACCCAUGGCUGAGGCAACAUGGAACUUGCCCCGUUUGUAAAUUUGAGAUCAGCUCAGGCUGGGGCGAUAAUGGACAAGACGCUAUUGAUGUCUCUCACAUGGUUUAAAAAGUGUUUGCUCAUUUUGCAAAUAUUGACUUGGUAAUGCUAAUUUAGGCUAAAGGAUGAGAGACUUUUAUUUUUAUUUUGUUAUGAAACUAUUGAAAGGUGUAUAU